AGGCCGCGGGUAGCUUCACAGCCCAGCGCUCAAGCGCUGCGCCACCAGGGGAGGCUCAGCGUGUGGUUUUGUUCAAGUUCCCCCCCCCUAAAAAUACCACCCACGCCCCCUAAAUCAGCCCUUCCUCUCAGCUCUAGGUCUCUACCCCUCUUCUGCCGCGUGCCCCGCCCCCAGCCCAGCAUAUGUAAGACAGGGCUUUGUAAGGAAACACGUUUUAUUGGGCACCUACUACGUGCCAGGCUCGGGGUGGGCACAAGGAUAGAGCCGGGCGAACGGGAGAGGGGACGUGGAGUCAGAUAGGAAACCUGGAGCCUUGUAGCCGGGAAGCGAUACAGGAGGUUAUGAUAACUUGGGGUAUCUGCAGUAAGGAGGUCUUGCCCUAGGCGGGGCCAGUGAGGGCUUUUCCGGUGAAAUGCAGCUUAGUCUGAGAUUUGAUGUCUUUAUACAAGAAGGCAGUUGGAGACCUUCAAAGCCAGAGGCAUGCGCUUGGCAAAGGCCAGUUGGCUGGAGGAGGCCUGGCAUGGGUUGGAACUGCAGCCUUUCCCCCAGUCUCACUACAUCCAGCACCAUGUGGCUACUAAUUGGUCUUCAUUCGCCUAUUGAUGCCUCCCAGAAAAAAACGACGUCGAAGUGCCCAGAAAGCCCAGUUGCUAUUCCAUCAACCACCACUGGAGGGCCCCAAACACCACUCUAGAGCUCCACUGCGUCCCAUCACCCACACCAGACGGGUACCCAGCAAGCCCAUUGACCACAGCACCAUCACCUCCUGGGUAUCGCCUCAAUUUGAUACAACAGAAAGCUGGUUCCCAACCUACCGGAAACCUCUUCGCCGAGACCAGGCAAGACAUUCAAGUCGAAAAUCUACCACCUCCAAGUUCCCCCAUCUAACUUUUGAGACACCACAGUCUUCCAGUUCAGCCUCAAUUGAGAUCCCUUCAAUCAGGGAGUGCCCAGCUCAACCAGAACAGGACGUUUCUGGAGGGCCCCUGGUUCCAAUGCUCAGUCCCCAAAGCUGUGGGGAACUGUCAGCACAUGCACUUCAAAGCUUACCUUAUGUGUUCAUCCCACCUGAUAUCCAGACCCCAGAGUCAUCUGUGAAGGAAGGGCCCACUCCCUCAGAUCUGAGGGGGAAGAGCCUUCCAAGAGGCUCCCUUUACACUAGUACUCCCAAGACCCCACAGCCUGUGCCUGUUCUGGCUGAAGACACUCCAGAGGACAAGUAUGGGAUAAAGGUCACGUGGAGGCGACGGCAGCACUUGUUAACUUAUCUCCAGGAGACAGGGAAGCUGAGUAAAAGCCAGUUCCUUGUGAAAAGCUGACUGAAUUUUUCAGACAUUAGCCUUCCUCCUCAGCAGUCGCAAGUAAUGGAUGGCUGGUUUUCAUAAUGUUGCUAUGUCACUUUUGUGGCUCACAGGAGAAUACAUCAGUAGAAUAAAAUGAAAAUAACACUAAUAACAUCAAUAGAUAAAAGAUAUUUUAACUAGAGCCCUGGAGUUACAGGGAAUUGAAUUCCCGGAUUUGCUUUUUAAAAUAUCUUGUUUUAUUAUCGCUUCUCAGCCUUUUGGCUAAGAUCAAGUGUAAAAUAUCUCGUAUUAUAAACAGUUCUUAGUGUCAUAAACAGUUUACUUUAUAUUUUUCUAAUAUUAACUGUUUAAAACUUUAAAGUAUCUUUUAGUAACUGUUUAAAAUGUAUGUAAAUAAAUGUGUACAGAAUGUUUUUAGAGAACCCUGCCUCUGUUAGUCCACACAAGCUUUCUUAUUUCCUUCACCACUAAUCCCUUAGCCCCCUCAUACAGGCUAAUUCAUUGGUACAUUUUUGAAUGCCGACUCUGUGGGAGCUACCUCCAUGACAUGAUGGGCAGAAAAAGAUCAAAGCACACUGACUUUAUAGUUAAGCUGCCCUGGCUCAUCUGCUGAAGGGCGCUAUGAAGCAAGGGCGGCUAGCUUUGUUUUAUUGAAUACAUCAGCGUCAGGGGAGGUAUGUUACUUAGAUUUGCUGGUUUUUAUUUUUUUGUUGCCAACCAAAGGAGCUAGUCAAAUACUAAAGAGGGUGGGAAAAUGAUUCUUUCAUAAAUGUCUAAAGUGUAUGCCAAUAAAUGUGGAUAGUUUUCAGAGAACGCUACUUCUUAUUGUGAUUAAUGCAGGACUGCCAGGUCAACAGUGUCCCAAUCGCCCUUUUGCCCAAGCAAAGAGCAUCUCAGGUG